CCACUUGCCUCAUCUUGGGGAGGAGUGGGAGCCCAGACUCCUGGAUUCCCUUGCUGGGGGCUGCUGGAGGCAAGGAGAAAGGGGAACUGGAUGCCAGGAUUCCAGGGUUUGGUUGCUGCCUCUGAGGAAGGCAGAAGGUGGGUCCAGGAGGGAGGGACCUGGAGCCCAGACUCCUGAGUUCCGUUCCCAGGGUUGGGGAAGCUGCGGUUGCAUCCAGCUCUGGGGUGGAGCCAGGAGGAAGGUAAGGGCUGGGCUCUGGCCUGACACUGUGACACUUAAGGAGCUUGGGGAGGCUGGGGGAGGGAGGAAGGUGACACUCCUGAGCCAAGCAGCAGUGGUCAGGGGUGGGGGGAUCCCAUUCCCCCCCAGCCGUAUCCCAAUCACCCUCCAUCUCCAUGUUCCAGGGCUCUGGCCUGGGGUCAGGGAGGGCUUCCCCUCCACCUCCCCUUGUCCUGGGGCUGGUCCUAUCAGGGACUGGAGAUGUCACCUCAGAAGCUCAUCUAAGAGAGAGGGAGGCUGAGAGCCAGUGGGGCUUGCUGCCCAGACUCCUGGGUUCUCUGGUCAGGCCAGGUGGAGAUUACAGGUUAUAAUUAACUGGGUUGAUCCCCUGGCAGGGACUGGGGGCGGGGGUCAUGCCCUGCCUCCAGCAUCAUGGGAACAAGCAGGGGGGGCUCAGGAUGGGGUGGAAUGACCUGGGUCCCCACUCAGCAGGGAGUGGGGAAUACUGGUUAGAACCCUCUAACCAGCAUGCCUGGGUUCCACCCCUGAGUUUGGGAAGAGGGUGGAGAUGAGUAGUUAGAACAGUGUUGGGGUCAGGGGUGGGUCUGGGAGCUGGGACACCUGGGUUCUGUCAUGAGCUCUGGGAGUGGAAGGGGGUCUCAUGCUUAGAGCAGGCCAGAUGGGACACCUGGGUCCUAUCCCAGAUUACAGAGGGAGUGGGAGUCUUGGAAGCCAGAACUCCUGGGUUUCUCCUUCCUCAGCUCUGGGGGAUGGAGGGGCCUGGACUCCUCAGUUCCCUCCCCAGCUCCCCUUUGCACCCUGUGGCAGUCACCCCAUCCUCCACCACCCCCCUUGCAUUUUUCCCCUUUGGUGACGCAGGAGGUGGGCGGAAGGGAGGGAUGAGCUGAGCAACCCCCAGCUUUGAUUGAGCAUCUGCCUGGCUGAUCCCAUUAGGGGGAUUUCAUGGGGUUUAUUGCCCAGCACUGCCCUGCACCUGCCCCACUGCCCUGUGCCUGCCAUGGACAAGCUGGUGCCCCGACCCCUGCCAGACCCUGAGCUGGUCCUGGACAUCGGCGAGAGCCUGACGGUGCCAGAUGAGUUCUCAGAGAAGGAGAAGACAACGGGGAUGUGGUGGAAGCAGCUGUUGGCUGGAGCCGCAGCCGGGGCCGUGUCCCGUACCGGCACUGCCCCCCUUGACCGCCUCAAGGUUUUCAUGCAGGUGCAUGCCUCCAAGUCAAAUGCAGUGAAUGUGCUGGGGGGGCUGCAAGGGAUGGUACGUGAGGGCGGCAUCCGUUCGCUCUGGCGUGGCAACGGCAUCAACGUCCUCAAGAUCGCGCCCGAGUCGGCCAUCAAGUUCAUGGCCUACGAGCAGAUCAAGCGGGCAAUUCGGGGGCAGCAGGAGACUCUGCGGGUGCAGGAGCGCUUCGUGGCCGGGUCACUAGCUGGUGCCACCGCCCAAACCAUCAUCUACCCCAUGGAGGUACUGAAAACACGGCUGACACUGCGGGCCACAGGGCAGUACGUGGGCGUAGCUGACUGUGCCCGCUCCAUUUUGCGCCACGAAGGCAUCCGGGCCUUCUACAAAGGCUACUUGCCCAACAUGCUGGGCAUCAUCCCCUAUGCUGGCAUUGACCUGGCCAUCUAUGAGACCCUGAAGAACGCCUGGCUGCAGAAGUAUGGCAAGGACACGGCAGACCCAGGUGUCCUGGUGCUCCUGGCCUGUGGCACUGCGUCCAGCACCUGCGGGCAGAUUGCCAGCUACCCCCUGGCACUGGUCAGGACCCGAAUGCAGGCACAAGCGUCAGUGGAGGGGGCCCCACCGGCCACAAUGCGGGGGUUGUUCCGGCACAUCGUGGCGCGUGAGGGGCUGCCGGGGCUGUACCGCGGCAUCGCCCCCAACUUCCUGAAGGUUGUCCCAGCCGUCAGCAUCAGCUACGUGGUCUAUGAGAACAUGAAGCAGGCGCUGGGUGUGGUCUCCAGGUGAAGCUGCCACCCCCCUGGUGGGGGGCACCACACAGCCCUCCCCCCCAUGGCCUUCUGGAGCCCCUGCACCCUGGCUGGAUCGGGGUAGAGAGUUGCAGGGGUAGGAGGGCAGGAGGCCUCAGCUCCCCUGCUGCUGCUCAGAGCUUGCUCCAUAUAAGUGGAGGCCUCCCAGGCAACACCCCACUGGUGGCUGCAUGUCAGGGCCCUGGAAAAGGGCUGGAAGUCCCCAAGGUGGAGCUGCCUCCCUCUCCCCAAUGCCAGAGCCACUCUGUCCAUGCUGGAUCCCAGCAAGAGAUCCAGGCAAUCAGCACUUGCCUGUGUAGAGACACUGGAUCCCAUCCUGGGAUCCUACCUAUCAGCAAUCACCUUGUGUGGUGACAACACUGGAUCCCAGCUGGGGAUCCACCCAAUCAGCAGUAAUUUGUGUAGAGUCACUGGGUCCUAGCCUGGAAAUCCCACCUCUCAGCACUUAGUGACAACACUGGAUCCCAGCUUGGAAUCCUGCCAGUCAGCACUUGCCUGCAUGGUGAUGACACUGGAUCCCAGCCCAGAAUCCACCAAUCAGUGCUCAGCUUUGUGCAGGUGCUGGAUCCUGGUAGGGAAAUCCUGCCUCUUGAAUCUGCUUCUGUAGUGAUGUCACUGGAUCCUGCCCAUCAGCACUCCCCUACCUAAAGACACUAGACACUGGGGGGUCCCCACCCCCAACACAGGCCCCCAAAGCUCCGUGCUCCCCUCCCCUUCUGACCCAAACUGGCCUGGAGUCCAAGGGAGGAGCAGCAGGGGCCACUUGCUUCCCGCUCCCCCCGUGGAGCAUGCACCCCUGCUUAGUUUGGAGGGACCCCCCCUCUACCUCCCACAUCCCAGGUGCUGGGGCCCAAUGAAGCAGCUGAGCUGAGUGGGAAGUGGGGGGUAACACUGUACAUACAUGCACUGAUAGAGAACCCAGGCAUACCACCCACCUCCUCCACCUCAGGAUUCAGACAUCCAAACACAUGGAGGCAGCAGGUCACACACACACACGCACACACACAGUGUCUCACCACCCCCCACCCCCCCCACAACACCCCCCAGGCUAGAGAUAAAUGUGUGCAUUGCCCCUCAAGCCCCUUCCCCAUUCUGUAGAUGUUGCAUAUUGAUUGCACUGCAUGUGUCCCAGUCCCUCUCUGACCCCCAUGGGGGGGGCACAUGCCUCUGCCUCCCCGCCCCCCUCAGCAGGGGGCCCUGGGGGCAGUUUGCAAGGGCUAUGGGGGAGGAUUCACCUUUGUUUCCCCCCCCCCAACAUUCAUUCCCCAGCCCUUGGUCCCAUUCCCCGUUCUGGCAGGGCUACAGCCUGGGGGGAGUGGGUGAGAGGGGGUCGUGAACCCCCCCACAGCCCAGCUCGGGUGGGGAAUCGGGAUCGGGCUGAGGAUCACUGCACAGUGCCCCAAUACCCUACACUGGCCACUAGGCAGCACCACAUGGGCGCGGGGGGUGGGGCUUCCAGUCUCAGGCAGAAUCGUACUGCCCCUUCAGCAGGGGCAGGAGGAAAGGUGGGGCUGGGGUCGGAGGGAUCAGAGCACGUAGCUGAGGACGCGGGAGAUCGUGACGCGAGGAGGGAGGAAGAAACCCGAGGCGUGGGGCGACGCUUCUGGAGUGUUUUGCAUAGCUAAUGAAUGUUAAUGUUAUGUAAAUGAAGCUAGUGUUGUGUAGCUGAUCCGUCCUACCAUUGUGGGGCUGGGGAGGCAGCCCCCUCCCCCUUUCCAGCCUGGCACCGGGGGCGAAGGGCCAGCAGGGGGCACUGCCCCCCACCGCCUUCCCCCAGCUGUUGGCGCCCCCUGCGGGCUGCCCCGGUGGACGGGGAUCGCAAAGGGACAGCGAUGAGGACAAAGCCGCUAAUAAAGGGUUUGAAAACGUC